AUGUUCAAGAAGUUCAAGGACAAGAUAAAGGGCGACGACAGCUCUUCAAGGCCGUCAUAUGGGACAGAUCAACACGACCUGCAUUCAAACAACCCUUACUACAGCUCACCCCAAGACCAACAGCAUAAUAUAGCGCCGACGGAGAAGUAUCAAGCACCGCCUGGCCCGCCGCCGAACCAAGCUUCAUCCUCGUCUGGGUACUCCGCUCCACCAGGUCCUCCACCGAGCCACGGGUCGUCUUCUUAUACUGCUCCUCCAGGGCCUCCACCUAAACAAGAGUUUUCAGGUUACGCACCCCCAGCAGGACCACCUCCUUCGUAUCCACAGCAACCCCCUCCUAGCUGGGAUCCUCCGCCAUACCACGACUGGACAGUCGUACCUGACACUUCGCUUCUACCUCCACCACCGUCGAUGGGCUACGAUAGUUCUCCCACUGCUAAUGCAUCUACUGAAGAUGGCGAUCGUGCCUUGGCUUGGACCAACAUGAAUCCUUUGUGGCCACCGCAGAACUUGCAGCCUAGCACUCAUGCUGCGAUCCAGAAUGGGCAGCUUGCUCUGCUGAAAGCGCCAUCCUACCUGGGAGACUUACUCCCUCAACCUCAAGCAGGCCACUGGCGUUGUCGCACCCACGCGAACUGCAGGGAUUCGAGUAUCCUUACAAAUUUACCCAUGUACAGCGUGUUUUGGGACUCACCGCUCAACACACAACGCUCCAAGACUGUCUACUUUGAACUCAAAGUCCUUGGAAUUGGUCGCGGUGGCUUCUCCUUCUCGGAAGCAGACGCCGGCAUCGCGAUAGGCUUCGUUGCGCCGCCUUAUCCUACGUUCCGUCUCCCAGGCUGGGAACGUGCCAGUCUUGGAGUGCAUGGAGAUGAUGGAAGAAAGUACGUUAACGAUGCAUGGGGUGGUAUCGACUUCACCUCGGCUUUCAAGCCCGGUGAUACUGUGGGUAUUGGUAUUACCUUCUCGGUUCCGCGCAACCCACCAUCAUACGAGCAGUCGCAACAGGGAAGGAUGUUAGAUAUCGACGUGUUUUUCACGCGUAAUGGAGUAAAGGAAGGUGGCUGGGAUGGCAACGAGGAGCUCGACGUACGAAGCGAGGGGGGCAACACUGGUUUGAGGGGCGAGUGCGACCUAUUUCCGGCGAUUGGCGUGUUUGGCGGUGUGGAUUUCGAUGUCUUCUUUCAUCCAUCGCAGUGGCUUUACCGCCCAUACUGA